AUGGGACACUUAAAAGGGAUCACGAAAGUUGUAGUAACACAAGCAGAACCGGAAUGGUUGGAUCUUGAGAAGGCUGUGGAGAAGACCUGUCGCCUUAUAGUGGAAGCAGCUACGAAUGGAGCAAAGCUCAUUACUUUUCCCGAAUGCUGGAUACCUGGGUACCCAGCUUGGAUCUGGUCCCGCCUUAUUGAUUUCGAAUUGUCUACAAUUUACAUCAAAAACUCGUUGAAAAUCAAAUCUUCUCAGAUGGCACAAAUUUGUGCUUAUGCAGCUAAAUACAAUAUCAUUGUGUCACUUGGAUUCUCGGAAAAUGACAACAAUUCUCUAUACAUUUCUCAGGCAAUCAUAAGGAAUGAUGGCGAAAUUACAAUGGCAAGAAGAAAAUUGAAGCCUACUCAUAUGGAGAGAACUGUAUUUGGAGAUGCAUCCGGCAAUUGCUUGAAAAAUGUAGCAGAAGUUCCAGGUAUUGGUAGGAUUGGAUUAUGGUCCAUGUCUAAAGAAGGCACCCAUAAUUUAUCUCAAACAUACGCAAUCGAAUCUCAAACAUUCGUUCUUCACACAACAGCUGUUUUGACUCAAAAUGGCAUUGAUAGAAUGGACACAAGCGCCGGCGCUCUAAUGAACACCCCGGGGGGAGGCAGUUCGGCAAUUUUUGGUCCGGAUGGUCGAAAACUCUCUGUCGACAUACCAGAUGCUGAAGAGGGUAUAAUAUAUGCGGAUUUAGAUCUAGAUGAUAUACUCAAGUACAAAGCAUUCAUAGAUGUUGGUGGCCACUAUAGUCGCCCGGAUAUGCUAUGGCUUGGCGUCAACGACAGAGAAAAGAAACAUUCUCGGAUUCAGGAAGAAUGA